AUGGCGGAAACCCGAGUCAGAGGCGGUUGGAACAGGCAGACGACACGCAAUGCGAAGCAGGCUCGGAAUAAAAGGGAGCAAGAGGAUGAUGAUAGGAAAAAGGGAGGUCGUGUAAUUUGCUCCGCCGCCGUGCUAUUCCAGGGUGAGAGUGAGGACAAAUUCCGCCGCGUACUACACGCCGCGGAAUGCCACGCGGCGAUCGCGCUAAGCGCGGCCCGCUGCGCAGGUCUUUCCCCAGCCCCGUUUCCCCCGACCCCACUUCUCGCGCCGCUUCUCUCUGCCCACGUCGUCCCCACGCACGUCUUUUACCACUCUCUUUGUCCCCUCCUCCGCCUUUCUAAGGCGGCGAUUUGCCGUCCCCCCAUCCACCCGCCGUCCUGCCAUCCGCCCCGCCGUUCCCCCACCCGCCCCGCGCCGUCCCCCCACCCGCCCCGCGGUUCCCCCACCUGCCCCGCGGCCGUUCCCCUAUCCUCCCCGCCGUUCCCCAGAUCCGCCUCACUAAGACGAGUACCCAUCCGCCGUCCCCCCGUCCGCCCCGUCGUCCCCUAUCCGGCCCGCGGUCCCCCCAUCCGCCCCGCGGUCCCUCCAUCCGCCCCGCCGUUCCCCAUCCGCCCCGCGGUCCCCCAUCCGCCCCGCCGUUCACCCAUCCGCCCCGCCGUUCCCCAGAUCCGCCUCACUAAGACGAGUACCGCCCCGCCGUCCCCCAUCCGCCCCGCGGUCCCCCCAUCCGCCCCGCCGUUCCCCCAUCCGCCCCGCGGUCCCCCAACCCGCCCCCCCGUUCCCCCACCCGCCCCCCCGUUCCCCCAUCCGCCGACCCCGCACCCCGCUCCGUCCCCCAUCCGACUUGCCCCGCCAACUCGGCGGUCUCCACUCGCUUUACCUAAUCUGCUUCCCCCUUUCCAUCCGCCAUCAUCCAUUUGCCUGCCCCAAUCCGCAUUCAUCCCACCCCCCUUCUCCGAUCCGCGUUCCCCAAAUCCGCCUUCUCCUCAUUCACCUUCCCGUCGUCCAAUUUCCCGCCAUCCGCGGCCCGCUCAUCCGCCGUCCCCCUUCCGCCGUCCCCCGAUCCGCUCGCCCUACAUCCUCCUUCCCCAGAUCCCUUCCUCCCAUCCGCUUAUCCCCCCCCUCCCCUCCCCCCCCCCCCUCCCGCCCCUUCUUUCCCCCACGCCUGCCUUUCUCCCAUCCCCAUCCGCAUCCGCCUUUCCCCUAUCCCUCCCCCUCAUCUGUAUUCCACACAUCCUCCUACCCCCCAAUUCCCCUUGCCUCUUCCCCACAUCCGCCUUCCCCCUCCCCAUCCGCCGCCGCCCAUCUUCCUGCCCCGAUCAGCCUCUCGCCCGCCAAUCCCCCAUCCGCGUUCCCAAAUCCGCAUUCCCGCCAAUCCCCCAUCCGCCGCCCUGGUUCACAGUGCUGGUAACGGCGUGGGUGCUGUGUGGGCUGGCCGUAGCAGCAUGGCUGCUGUGGGACCGGCACUCGCAGUACGAGAGCCGCAGGGAGGAGGCGCUGGGCGUGUGGUGCAAGGAGCGCGCCCUCAUGCUGCAGCAGCUCGUGCUGACCAAUGUGGGGCAGACCCAGACCCUCACAGGCAUCAUAUCAGUGAUGGGCAAGCCGGGGCGGAGGGGCAAGUGGGAGCUGGACAGGUGUUUGAACGGCAGCACGUGGGAGGCUUACCUUACUCGCAUUGCCUAUGCUCGCCCGGGGAACACGGGGGCACUCUCCUGUGUCUUUGUCCGGGACGAGGAGAGGGCCUCUUUUGAACGGCAGUACGGCAGCAUUAGAGACAACACUCUAAACGUCAGUGCCCACCGCCCCAUCUACUGCCCCAAGAUUCUCCAAUUCUCCACAACAGUGGCCAUGAACGGCACGCAGAAUGUUGAUCUCAUGAAGCGGUUUCCCACAGAAGUUCCGCUGGCUGUGGAGGGAAGGCCUUUCUACACGUGGCCAUACCCCCUGGCUAAUUCGUCAACCAAUGCUGGGUUCGGUGUGGCCUUUCCUCUUCGCCGCACUCUCCCACCAAGCCAGUCGCAGCAUGGAGCCGUGUCGAUGGUGUAUGGGACGCUUGCUGCAUCCGUCGACGUGACAUCCAUUGCAAAGAAAGUCGUGCAAGAGUUGUACGCACCUGACCCAUCAAAGUCCUUUGAGCUCUAUGACGUCGCGAACAGAUCGACCCUCUUUGCCAUAGUCUCGCCCGUACCGCUGCACAUCUACGUCCUCCCCACCGAUCCCGCCGCUCGCAUGCUUCCCUCGCCUGCAUCCGAAACCCGCCCCUGGGAAAGGCCGGCUAUGGUGCCUCUGGAGGAGCUGGGGGCUGGCGUGCGCAAGUAUGAGGUUUGGUGCAGACACACACAACCUUCCAGCACGUGGCAAUCGUGGGGCAUCCCCAUCCUCAUCGCCCUCUUCGCCCUCCUCCUCGUGCUGCUCGUGCUGGUAGCCGCUCGGAUCCAGCGAGCCCAGUUCUUCCAGACGCAUCAGCAGAUGGCAGUUGCAGACAAACUGAGGAAGGAAGCAGAGGACGCAGAGGCGUCAAAGAGCAUGUUCGUGGCGUGCAUGUCUCACGAGCUCAGGACGCCGAUGACUGGGAUUAUCGGCAUGAUCGAUGCUUUGGCAGACAUGUCUCUCCAAAGCUCUCAGCUAUCGGACCUCCUCACGGCACGGGGUUGUGCGAUGGAUGCACUGCAUCUGGUCAACCGCGUGUUGGACCUGGCGAAGCUGGAGGCAGGCAAGGCGGUGGUGGAUGAGACGAGCUUCAUGGUGCGCGAGUGGCUUCACGAGGCAAUGGAUUGGCAUAUGGAGGUGGCACGUUUCAAAGGCAUAGAAUCGCACGGCAUUGUGGACGACAACGUUCCGGGCCACAUCGUUGGCGAUCAGAUGCACCUCUCCAAAGUGCUCAAAGAGAUCACAGAUAACGCCGUGAAGUUCACGGAGCAAGGCCGCGUGACAGUGCGGGUGUCCCUGGUGCCUCGAGGGACAAGCUUGCAAGACGCCCUUCGUUGCCAGGGUCUUUUCACAACCGCCGCUCAUGCACCUGCUUCCACUCUCACCGUCUUGGCUGCCUGGUUCUCCUCAUCAUGGCACUGGCUGAAGGAGGCCGUGAGGAGAUUGCCAGCAGCAGCAGCAGCAGCAGCAGCAGCAGCAGCAGCAGCAGCAGCAGCAGCAGCAGCAGCAGCAGCAGCAGCAGCAGCAGCAGCAGCAGCAGCAGCAGCAGCAGCAGCAGCAGCAGCAGCAGCAGCAGCAGCAGCAGCAGCAGCAGCAGCAGCAGCAGCAGCAGCAGCAGCAGCAGCAGCAGCAGCAGCAGCAGCAGCAGCAGCGGCAGCGGCAGCAUCAAGUGCAUCAAGCAGCCCUUCAAGGGAUCGGCCUGCUGUGCUGGUGGUGACGUGCCGGGACUCGGGAUGUGGCCUGCCAGCGUCCCUCCACGGAAUUCACGGCAGCAAGGAGCCUUCGCACUUUUCGCUAGCAGUGAGUUGUUGUUCAUUAGCUCUCUUGUCGCUGGUGGUGUCAUGCCGGGACUCGGGGUGCGGCCUGCCGGCGUCUCUCAUAAGAAUCCACCGCAGCAGGGAAGGGGCGUCGCACUUCUCGCCAGCAGAGUUGCACGAGACAGGGAGUGGAUCAGGGGCAUCACUUGGCCUUGUGCUCAUGCACCAGAUUGUGACUCUAAUGAAGGGGGAGAUUGCCUUUGAUUCCCAGCCUGGCUGCUUGCGGGCGGCGGCGGAUGAGGCGGUGACGCGGGCGUGGGUGGGGGGGCUGCGAGUGCUGGUGGUGGACGACACGCCCGUCAACCUCCUCGUGGCCCGCCGCUCCCUCGCCCGCUGGGGCGCCCAAGUCACCACCGCCUCCCACGGGCAACAAGCAGUGGACUUAAUCGCUGCUGGGGUCAAGGAGAGCAGAAAGCUGGACGACGGGAGAGGGCAGAAGGCCGUUGACCCAAUUGCUGCUGGCGUGGCAGGGAGGAUGGGGGAGGAAGCUGCUGGCUUACUGGCUGCUGGGUUGGUAGAGGGAAGAGGGGAGGAGGGGGAGAGAGGGGCGAUUGGCGAGCUAGUGAGAGCAGGUGCUGGGAGGGCUGGCGAGAUGGUUGAGAGUAGAGGCAAGGGGAUAGCGGCUGGGGAGUUAGUUGGAAGCAGUGCGGAUAGUAGGGAUGGGUGCGGGGCGAGGGGAGUGAGCGAGAGAGGAGCGGAUGAGAGAGGAGGGAGUGGAAGAGGAAGGGGUGGAAGAGGAGAGGAUGAUAGAGCAGGAAGUGCAUCGUUGCAGCAUGGCUUCGACUUGGUUCUCAUGGACCUGCAGAUGCCGGGCAUGGACGGGGGCGACGUCAAGGCCUGGAGGCAUGGCGAGCAGAGAAGGGCUGACUGGGACAGAGGGGAUUCUACAGCAGGGAGGGAGAUGGGAGGGCGCAGGGAGGGGAGCAGCAGCGCCCAGGGAGAUGCACAGGCGGGGAGUGAGCUGCGGAGGGGACUGGGGGGGACGUAUGGGGGGGAGAGGGAGCAGGGGAGAGAGUUUUUUGCCACGGGAGACAGGAGGAAUAGGGCAGAUUGA